UCAAAUUGUCAGAUCAAAAUGGAAAGACUCAUCAGAUAUGGAAAUAUUGACUCAAUUCCAUAUUAUAAUUGUAGUUGGAGAACUUCUGAAGAAUGGGAUUUACAAGGUUUAAAACGUCCGAUUCUUGGAUGGUUUUUGGUCCUUUUUGGAGGAUUUGUUGAGAUUCUCUACCUUCCCAUAUUGUACAUUAUUUUCAAAACUAAACUAAUACGAUAUGCGUGCUACAAAUUGAUUGUAUUCUUGACGUUGACCGAUAUGAGUGCUACAGUAUGCAGUUCAAUAAUCAGUGGAGUUCUUUACAUAAAGGGAUCCGUGUUCUGCUCCUAUCCAACAUUUGAGUAUAUUGCAGGAGGAUUCGCAAUUAAUACAUGGUGCAUGGCAUGUGCAAUCAACAUUUCAUUGUUCGCCAAUCGUGUAUGUAGCAUUGCAUUUCACGAAUACAUUGACGUCAUCGAAGGGAAACUUACCUAUUUUUGCAUCACAAUUUCUGCAAUUUAUGGAACCUUUAUCCUUUUCUAUACCCCAAUAAUUUGCUUCAACUCGAAAGCAUUGGCGUGGAUUCCUGAGCCGUUGUCUGAGAUUGAUGAUAGCAAGGAGUCUGAAAAAUAUUACAACAAUGACUGGCAGUCGUGGAAUAAUUAUCUGUUCGUGGCAAUCAUGUUCUUCUUGUACAUCACCUAUUGUGUGCUCAUCAAGAAACUUGCUCAUGGACAGAAAUCAAAGAAAUCUAGAGCGAUCUUCAUCCAAUGUUGCAUAAUUUGCUUUUUCAACACUGCAACUGCUCUUAUAUAUAAUGCUCUGUCACUUAUGACCCCCGCCCUUUGGAUACUGUACUUGGGACAAUUGUCAUGGUCACUUAAUCAUGGAUGUCCAGCAAUUAUUUAUUUAACCAUGAACGACACGAUUCGGAAGAACUUUUUUCGAACUUUCUGCCGUUUCAAGAAUACUAAGAUCGAUACAACGAACAGCGGACAAGUGGCACGGCCGGCAGCAUCACAUGUUAUUUAAAAUUAUAAGCAAGUUUAAAAAAUAUAUUCCAAUGUUUCUGAAUGAAACCACCAGUAAGGAACGAUUUA